GGGCCGGUGGAAAUCCUGCCGUUCCUCUACUUGGGCAGCGCUUACCAUGCCUCCCGGAAAGACAUGCUGGAUGCCUUGGGAAUCACGGCGUUAAUCAAUGUAUCGGCGAACUGCCCCAACCACUUCGAAGGGCACUACCAGUAUAAAAGUAUCCCUGUGGAGGACAACCACAAGGCAGAUAUCAGUUCCUGGUUUAACGAGGCGAUUGAUUUCAUAGACUCUGUUAAAAAUGAUGGAGGAAGGGUAUUUGUGCACUGCCAGGCUGGCAUUUCCCGGUCAGCAACCAUCUGCCUUGCUUACCUCAUGAGGACCAACAGAGUCAAACUGGAUGAAGCCUUUGAGUUUGUGAAGCAGAGGAGAAGCAUCAUCUCCCCGAACUUCAGUUUCAUGGGGCAGCUGCUGCAGUUUGAGUCGCAGGUCCUUGCCCCCAACUGCUCAGCAGAAGCUGGUAGCCCUGCUAUGUCAGUAUUGGACAGAGGAGCAUCGACCACCACAGUCUUUAACUUUCCAGUCUCCAUCCCUGUUCACACCUCAUCCAGUGCUUUAAGCUAUCUCCAGAGCCCCAUCACCACUUCCCCAAGCUGCUGAAAAGCGGGUGAAAAUAUGGCCAGAACUCAGACUUGCUGUCUCAGAAGUGCAAUAACUACAGGGACAGUGUCAUCAGUCACUCAUGUUUUGUGGGGAACCAUCCAUGCAUCCCAGAACAGUGUCAUUAAUGGAGAGGAGCUCACCUGAUGCCAGAGAACUAGGUGUUACUGACUGUUCUGCUGACUUCUGAAGCCAGUAUCUGGAUGCCUACACAGAUAUCAAAGGACACUGUCUCUUCUUGAGCUGUUCCUCCUUGUCCUCUGUCUGUCCUAAGCCUGCUCCAUGUUUAGUAGCAUGCUCACCAGUAUUCCCAUUCCUGGACACUUUGAGCAACACUGAUGCUGUCCCCGUUUAUGACAGUCCUAUUUAUUUAUUUUUACAUUAGUGCAUUGGGGUUUUUUGCCUUCACAAACCUAAAGUUUCAUUUCUAGAGAAACCAAAUACCUCAGUAUUUUUUUUUUUUUUUUGGUACUAUAAUCCUGUGUGUGUAUAUAUCUGUCAGCUCUUCUUGUUUCCCAAGCACUGACAUGAAAGCACCAGGCGAGUGCUUUUUUGAGUUGCCAAGGGUUGUAUGUUUGCUGAUUUAUUUAUGAUGUGAAAUAAUAUAUUUCUUCUUAUGAAGACAUAGUUUUGUUACAUGAUUAUAACUUUUUUUAUACAAACAGAAUAAAUUAUGGUAUUUC